GGCUUGGUCAAGGCUAAAACAUACAAUUGGAAGGAUACGAACUUGGAAUUUUUUGGCUCCAAGGAGGAAAGAAGAGUUAAGAAGGAAUCGGCCCAACACGAACCGGCCUGGCAAGACGUGGGGAAGAAAACUGGAUUGAAAAUAUGGAGGAUUGUUAAAUUCAAAGUGACAGACUGGCCAGAAGAAGAUUACGGAAAGUUUUAUAACGGAGAUUCCUAUAUCGUUCUAAAUACCUUUAAAGGACAUGACGAGAGUCAGUCAAUCAAAUAUGACGCGCAUUUUUGGAUUGGAAGCAAUAGCACGCAGGAUGAAUAUGCCACGGCUGCCUACAAGACUGUAGAACUGGACAACUACCUUGACGAUGCGGCUAUCCAGCACCGCGAAGUUGAGGGAUUCGAAUCCGAACUCUUCCUCUCUUAUUUCCCUUCUAUCACUAUUAUGGAGGGUGGUGCCGAUAGUGGCUUCAGAAAGGUCGGCCCUACUGAGUACAAACCAAGGCUGCUUCAUUUCUCUGGUUUCAAGCAGCAUGUAACUGUUAGAGAGGUUGCUCUGCAUCCGAACCGCGUUGUAACAGGUGAUGUGUUUAUCCUGGACCUGGGACUCAAGUUGUACCAGUGGAAUGGUAGAAAGAGUAGUAAGGAUGAAAGAUUUAAGGCCAACCAAUACUUGAACAAUUUGAAGUCUGAACGCGGUGGAAAUAGUUCAUAUGAGGUUCUUGAAGAAACUGACACUGCUCCAACUCAUGUGUUCUUUGAAUCACUUACCGGUGAAGACGUUGAAUACGAAGAUAAGGUUGAUUCAGAGGCGGAAAUUAAAAUCCUACAUAAAGUCUCAGACGCAGCUGGACAUUUGAAGUCCACAAAAGUGAAGGAAGGGGACAUUACGAUGGCUGACUUGGAUUCUAAGGACGUUUUCAUUUUGGAUACUGGUAAGGACUGUUUCGUGUGGAUAGGCCAUGAUUCAUCGCCAGGGGAGAAGCAAAAUGGAAUUGGAUACGCGCAUAGUCAUUUGAUGAAGACCUCCCACCCCCUCAUACCUGUCCAUGUCAUCAAAGAAGGGCAAACCAACAGGGCUUUCAAUUCUGCUAUUGCAGCUUAA